AUGAGCUUUGUGAACCGCCUCCCACUCACCAUUGCUUCCUGCUACGAGGUCGUGCAUCUCGAGCUGACUCGUGACGAAGACCAUGGCAUAAUUGAUGACGACCUUGCUCACAUCAUCCCUUGGUGUCCCAACCUCGAGACGGUUCGUCUUACUGGCAUCCCCGACCUCACCGAUCGGACAGUCAUCCUCCUGGCACGUACCGCAUCUCAGCUCCUCGAGCUCGACAUAUCUGGCUGCAUACAUAUCACAGACACCGCCAUCUUGGAGUUGGCGAAGUUGGCGACCGAUCUUGAGGCUGUCAAACUGAACGGUCUCGCGACGCUGACAGACCCCUCCAUCUCGGCUCUUGCUCGCUCGCUCACAGAGUUGUCCGAGCUGGAGAUCUGCAACCUCCCUCUCAUCACUCCCUUGACUAUCCGCGCCAUCUGGACCUUCUCAGCAGGCCUGAAGCGGCUCAAAGUGGCCCAUUGCACACAUCUGACUGACAAGGCAUUCCCGUAUCCUCCUCCUCUAUCUGCAAACCAAGAUCCUUCUCGGUCAUCCAACGGCACCAGGCCCUCUACCUGGCUAGAUGACCUUCCUCAACUGGAGUUCUCGCCUGGACAUAAACUUUCCGACCUUCGCCUCCUUGACCUCAGUUACUGCGUGCAGCUGACUGACAUCGCGAUCGCUGGCAUUGUCGCGUAUGCACCCCGGAUACAGCAUCUUAACUUGUCAGGAUGCAUGGCACUCAGCGACAGCGCGGCGGAGGCUAUCGCAACAUUGGGCUCGCAUCUGAAUGAGCUCACUAUGCCUCGAUUGGGGUCGCUCACAGAUCGCGGUGUGGUGAGCAUCGUACGGACCUGCACACAGAUGAAGUCGGUGGACGUGAGCUUCAAUUCUCGCCUCACCGAUCUCGCCGUGAUGGAGCUGGCGACGCUCCAGCAUCUCCAGCGGCUUUCUGUCGUUGGGUUGAAGCAUCUCACGGACAAUGCGGUUCUGUUCCUGGCAGAGCAUACUCCCACCCUCGAGCGUCUGCACAUCUCGCGGUGCAGGCAGCUGGGACUGGAUGCGUUGCACGUUGUGUUGCGUAAGCUCGGAAAGCUAGAGCACCUCAGCGUAUCGGCGGUCCCGGCACUGAAGCGCAGAGGCGUAGAACGCUUCUCGGAGCGCCCACCACCGCUGUAUCAUGAAGACAAGCACGGUAUAUACCGCGUCUACCGCGGUGAGAAUAUUCAUUCUUUGAGGCGAUUCUUGGACAAGGAGCUAGGGCGGCUACGUGAGGCAGAGGAGAAGAACAUUGUUUUCGUGCCCAGAGCUGAUGAUAGUACGGACCUAUACUAA